AUGGUAGGCGCCGUAGGUGACACGGGGGUGGUGGACACCCUGGAGGCACGGCUGGAGAGCGCGAAGAGACGCCAUGAGGCGAAGGAGUUCGGCGACAUCCCUUGGGCGGUCGUCGAUGCUGGCAUCCGUUCCGUGUGGGCGACGGAGCACUCUUCUCGGCCUGUGUCUCCUCGACCGGUGAACGACGAAGGCAGCGUCGACGUGGGCGUCCACGCGAGGGGCGACCAAGUCGGUAGUAGUGCGGGAGGCACGUCGUCGAGGCAGCGUGGUGUGGUUCACGCCGAUAAAGUCGGCGGCGUUCGGGGGCGACGGAUGCGGUCGUCGGCGGCUGCAGGCUCCUCGCAGGGUGACAUCGGAGGUCGACGAAGUGGAUCUGUGCCGAUGUCGGCGACCCAGAUGAGAGCAGGCGGGAUUGCACCAAGCUACGGCUACUUCAAGUUUACGCCGGAUAAGAUUUUGGUGACUCCCCUGCUGGUCGGUCGACCCGACAUUCUCACCUGGAAGGAAGCGAUCGAGCCCCAACUGGAGAUGGCCGGGCUGAUCAACUUUGCUCGUGGUACCGUGGCGACGCCGGAUGACCCCGACUUGCGUGCAGAGUUUCGCGACGCUCUCGGGCGUCCGGGGAGAGCAUCGCGACGCUCUGGGGCGGCCGGGGAGAGCAUCGCGACCCUCUGGGGCGUUCGGGGAGAGGAUCCCGACGCUCUAGGGCGUCCGGGGAGAGCAUCGCGACGCUCUGGGGCGUCCGGGGAGAGCAUCGCGACACUCUGGGGCGUCCGUGGAGAGCAUCGCGAUGCUUCGGGGCGGCGGGAAAGAGCAUCGCGAUGCUCUGGGGCGUCCGGGGAGAGCAUCUCGACGCUCUGGGGCGUCCGGGGAGAGCAUCGCGACGCUCUGGGGCGUCCGGGGAGAGCAUCGCGACGCUCUGGGGCGUCCGGGGAGAGCACCGCGACGCUCUGGGGCGUCCGGGGAGAGCAUCGCGACGCUCUGGGGCGUCCGGGGAGAGCAUCGCGACGCUCUGGGGCGUUCGGGGAGAGCAUCGCGACGCUUAGGGGCGGCUGGGGAGAGCAUCGCGACGCUCUCGGGCGUCCGGGGAGAGCAUUGCGACGCUUUGGGGCGUCCGGGGAGAGCAUCACGAUGCUCCGGGGCGGCUGGGGAGAGCAUCACGAUGCUUUGGGGCGUCCGGGGAGAGCAUCGCGACGCUCUGGGGCGUCCGGGGAGAGCAUCGCGAUGCUCUGGGGCGUCCGAGGAGAGCAUCGCUACGCUCUGGGGCGUUCAGGGAGAGCAUCGCGACGCUCUGGGGCGGGCGUCCCGGAGAGCAUCGCAAUGCUCCGGGGCGGCUGGGGAGAGCAUCGCGAUGCUCUGGGGCGUCCGGGGAGAGCAUCGCGACGCUCUGGGGCGUCCGUGGAGAGCAUCGCGGCGCUCUGGGGGGUCCGGGGAGAGCAUCGCGACGCUCUGGGGCGGCUGGGGAGAGCAUCACGACGCUCUAGGGCGUCCCGGGAGAGCAUCGGGCGUCCGGGGAGAGCAUCGCGACGCUCUGGGGCGUCCGGGGAGAGCAUAGCGACGCUCUGGGGCGUCCCGGGAGAGAAUCGCUACGCUCAGGGGCGUCCGGGGAAAGCAUCCCGACGCUCUGGGCCGUCCGGGGAGAGCAUCACGACGCUCUGGGGCGGCUGGGGAGAGCAUCGCGAUGCUCCCGGGCGGCUAGGGAGAGCAUCACGAUGCUCUGGGGCGUCCGGGGAGAGCAUCGCGACGCUCAAGGGCGUCCGGGAGAGCAUCGCGAUGCUCUGGGGCGUCCGGGGAGAGCAUCGCGACUCUGGGGCGUCCGGGGAGAGCAUCGCGAUGCUCUGGGGCGUCCGGGGAGAGCAUCGCGACUCUGGGGCGUUCGGAGAGAGCAUCGCGACGCUCUGGGCCGUCCGGGGAGAGCAUCGCGACGCUCUGGGGCGUCCGGGGAGAGCAUCGCGAUGCUCUGGGGCGUCCGGGGAGAGCAUCGCGACGCUUUGGGGCGUCCGGGGAGAGCAUCGCGAUGCUCCAGGGCGGCUGGGGAGAGCAUCACGAUGCUCUGGGGCGUCCGGGGAGAGCAUCGCGACGCUCUGGGGCGUCCGGGGAGAGCAUCGCGAUGCUCUAAGGCGUCCGGGGAGAGCAUCGCGAUGCUCUGGGGCGUCCGAGGAGAGCAUCGCGACGCUCUGGGGCGUCCGGGGAGACCAUAGCUACGCUCAGGGGCGUCCGGGGAGAGCAUCGCGAUGCUCUGGAGCGUCCAGGGAGAGCAUCGCGACGCUCUGGGGCGUCCGGGGAGAGCAUAGCGACGCUCCGGGGCGUCCGGGCUCUGGGGCGUCGGGGGAGAGCAUCGCGACGCUCUGGGGCGUCCGGGGAGAGCAUUACGACGCUCUGGGGCGGCUGGGGAGAGCACGCUCUGGGGCGUCCGGGUAG